CCAACAUUUUCAUAGUUUAGUUACGACUCCGACAACGACCCGACGCGUCCCGCCGCCGGCGAAUCCAUCCCGAUUUCUCGACGAAUCCAGUUUCUAAUAACCUUCGUCAAGUUCUCGAUCGAUCGUUCGAUUUGUACUAUUGUGUGUUUGUGAUCAUCUAAAGUGCUUUGUGUAUCUAUAUUUGGAUUACUUUCAUCUGAUUUAGUUGGUGUAGGAGUUCGUGAGGUACAAGGAGGCUGUUGUUUCCGGCAGUAAUGACCCGCAGUUAGCACGAUGGGGGUGUCUGACGAUUUAGCCCCGAGCUUCACACAGAAGCCGCAGCUGCGACAGGAAGAUGACGGCAACAAGCUCAUCUUCGAGUGCCAGCUUCUGGCUUCCCCAAAGCCGGAGAUCAGCUGGUACCGCAGCGAUGAGCUCCUCAAAGAAGACAACAGAACUGCGUUUAAGAUCCAAAGUAUCGCGAACAACAAGUUCUUGGUGGUGCUGGAACUUGACGACGUGAUCGAGACGGACGCGGGGCUGUACAAGGUCAAAGCUAAGAACAAGAUGGGCGAGGUGGCCGCCUCCAUCAAUCUUAACUUUAGCCCCGCUGACGAGGAGAAACAGAAACAAGUGGACGGCAAAGCGCCGACGUUCGCGCGCAAGCCGGCCAUAAGGCAGGAGGACGACGGCAAGCGACUCAUCUUCGAGUGCCGCAUUGAGGCUACGCCCGUGCCCAGCGUCGUCUGGUUCCACAACACGACUGAAGUCAAACCCGGAUCCAGACAUAAAUUAACAGUAAGCAAAGAUGGAAAGUCGUACUACGCCUCGUUGGAAAUCAACAACGUGACAGUAGAGGACGCAGGCAAAUACCGGGUGACAGCCAAGAACGAGCUCGGAGAGAGCAAUGCAACAAUCAGCUUGAACUUCGACAGCGACGAAGCCCCCGUGCCUGAAGACUCAAUCAAACCUACAUUUACGGAGAGGCCCGUCAUCAGGCAAUCGGAGGAUGGUACCAAAAUCACUUUCGAAUGUCGAUGCGUUGGCAAACCGAAACCAACCGUCACAUGGUACCACGGUAAAAAGAUAGUAAAAGAAAGUAAUAGAUACAAAAUAACGCUCGAGGAGGAUCAAACUUUAUAUUAUAUGGCGCGACUAGAAAUCAUAGGCGUGGAAAAUUCUGAUAAGGGAGAGUAUAGAGCUGUAGCAAAAAACAAAUACGGAGAAGGCGUAGCGAAAAUCAAUUUAAAUUUUGAAGGUGGAGAUAAACCAAAAAUUCCUGCUGGUAAAGCACCAAGGUUUCCUAAAAAGCCAACUAUUAGACAAGAUGGUGACUUACUAAUUAUGGAAUGUAUACUUGAAGCACAUCCAAUGCCAGAUAUCACAUGGUUCCAUGGAGAUACAGAAAUUAAAGAUGGUGCAAAAAUGAAAAUGUCUAGAAAAGCAAUUGGAAAAGAUACUUUUAAUUUAACACUAGAAAUCUUAAAUCCGACCAGAGAAGAUGGCGGAAAUUAUCGAUGUAACGCCUUUAACGUAUUUGGUGAAAGCAAUGCCAACAUUGCUCUCAAUUUUCAAGGUGGGGACGAUGAAAAUGGCUUUGCUCCAUCAUUCAUCGAGAAACCAAGAAUAAUCCCUAACGAGGAUGGUACGUUAAUAACAAUGAGGUGUGUCUGCAAAGCAAAGCCGGCGGCAGAAGUAACGUGGUAUAGAGGCACAACGGUUAUCAAGGCUAGCAGUAAAAUUCAAAUUAAGUCGACCGUAAUUGGCGAAGACGUUUAUGAACUGGUAUUGCUCUUAUCAAACCCUACUGCGGCGGAUGGUGGCGCUUACCGCUGUUAUGUAAGAAAUGAAUUUGGCGAGAGCAAUGCUAAUCUAAACUUAAAUAUUGAGGCUGAACCAGAACCCGAAGGUGAAGGGCCAUCGUUUGUUGAAAAGCCCACUAUUCAGUCUAAAGACAACGGGAAAUUGGUAAUUAUGGGUUGUAAAGUGAAAGCUAGCCCGAGACCGACAAUUGUGUGGUAUCACGAAGGCAGAGAAAUUAGGGACUCGUCAAAAAUUAAAACCAGGGUCGAAGUCAAAGAAGAUAUUUAUACAAUUAUUUUGGAACUCAUUGACCCUGGUAUUGAUGACUCCGGAUUGUAUAAAUGCAACAUCAAAAAUGAACUUGGAGAGCUCAAUGCCAAUCUUACGCUCAAUAUUGAAAUCAUUCCAGUUAUCAAAGAGAGACCAAAGAUCAUUAAAAUAGUUAAAAAGAAGACUGUGAUCGUUGAAUGUAAAGUAUUAAGUAAAUUUGCACCUUCUUGUACGUGGUUUAAGGAAGCUAGUGCAGUCAAAGAGGAUUCCAGGCAUACCGUAUUGAUUGAACCACUUAGAGAAGGCGAAUUUACAGUUAAAUUAGAAAUUUCAAAUAUUUCUCAACAAGACAAAGGCUCUUACAAACUUGUUGCUAGAAACGAGAAGGGCGAAGCUACAUCUCAACAAGUUGAGAUCACUGAUAUUCCGGAGGAAAAGGGCGAUAAGCCGUAUAUCAUUAAACAUCUUAGAAGUCUUGCAAGGAAAGAAAAUGAAGAAGCCGAAUUUCUAGCAGUUCUCAAGACAUCAGACCAAUCCUGCAGAUGUACUUGGUAUAAGAAUUCUACAGUUAUCAGAGAUUCAUCUGAGGUCAACACUUCCUUCGACGGCACAAACGCACGGCUGAUCAUCAGAAAGGUGUCAACAAAGUACGUCGCAAAUUACAGAGUUGUAAUAAGAAACGAAUUCGGCGAGGACGAAUCCAGUGCCGAUCUAACUCUUGUGGAAGAAAAGAAAAAGAAAAAGGAAGAGGAGGAGGAAGAAACAACCGUAAUCGAAGAAUCUGAAGAGGAAAUGUCUAUAGUGGAAGAAAAAUCGGUUAUUGAACAAAAUCAUGUCGACGAAAGAAAAGAGGAACAGAUUCAAAAGCAAGAAGAAGAAAUGCAAAUUACUCAAGAAAAGAAAUCCUCUGCAAAGAAAGUAACAAAGAAAGAAGAAACAAAAGUGGAAGAAAGCAGACAAGAAAUGAAGAUUGAAUCCAAAAAAACCGAAGCUCAAGUAGAAGUUAAGAAAAACGAGGCGAAAAAAGCUGAAGCUGAGGUUGCAGAAACCAGAAAAGUUUUGGAAAAGAAGACCGCAAAAACUGAAGAGGAAAAGAAAGCUCUUUUAGAAAAAAUUGAAGAAAGAAAGAAAAAACCAGAACCUGAACCUGAAGCCAAAAUCGAAGGUAUUCCAAAAUUAAAGCCGGUGAAGCCUAAAGAAGAAGAAACUAAAGCUGCCGAAGAAAAGAAGGAGACAACCAAAAAAGUCGGAGAGAAAAAGAAAGUCGUCAAAAAGAAGGUUGUUUCUAAAAAAGAGGCCGAUGAUGAAUUCGAGUUCGAGGAUGAUUACGAGCGUCCUGUUUUGGAGAAAUACGAAAAAAUAACACCAACACCACUGUAUAAAAAACCUAAAAAAGAUGACAUUCCUAAGGGUAAACGGGCGUCAAUGUCUGAAGGCAUUGAAAUUGAAGAAGUUGAAAGUGAAGAAGAACCAUCAUCAGCUGGACCUGUACCCGAUAAGAAACAAAAAACUGAAAACAAAGAAAAGGUUGAAGAUGAAACGAAACGACCUAGCAUUAAAAAGGGUAUUCCUAAACCUGAAGAGCCUGUGGAUGAACUAUCCAAAGUCAAGUUAUCCAAAGGUCCAACAAAACCCGACCAAGUAGAACCAGAAGAGUCGCAAGUUGCUCAGGUCAAAAAGUUGGCUAAAAAGCCUGAAGAAGAAAAAGAGUACGUCGAUGAUUAUGAAAAGCCAGAUUUAGAGAAAUACGAUAAAAUAUCUCCAACAAGUAUAGACAAAACUAAAAAACAAAACGGAGUAAAAGAGGACGAAAUGAUUGUCGACGAUUACGAGAAACCGGAAUUGGAAAAAUAUGAAAAAAUUACUCCUACGCCAAAAGGCAAAAGGGGCUCUAAAGAAAUUCAGGAUGACGUGGAUAUAAUGAAAGGUAAAAUUAAACCCAAAGAUAAUGAGGAGGAACCACAAAUGCCAACACUACGUAAACGUUCUGUACCUAAAGAUAAGGACGAAGAUAAGAAACCCGAAGAAAAACCAAAGAAAAAAACUGUGAAAAAAGUUGAACCGGGUACUAAAAAACGAUCAUCGAUCAAAGAAAAGGAGGACGAAUUUGAAUUCGAAGAUGAUUACGAGCGUCCAGUAUUGGAGAAAUACGAAAAAAUUACACCAACACCAUUACCCAAAACACGUAAAAAGGAUGACAUUCCUGAGGACGAAUUUGAGUUCGAAGAUGAUUACGAGCGUCCAGUAUUGGAGAAAUACGAAAAAAUUACACCAACACCAUUACCCAAAACACGUAAAAAGAAUGACAUUCCUGAGGGAAAACGGCCAUCGGUGUCAGAAAAUAUUGAGAAUGAGUAUGUUGAAAGUGAAGAAGAACCAUCCAUAGCAGAACCCGUACUUGAUAAAAAACCAAUAGCUGCCAACAAAGAAAAGGAUGUAGAUGAAAUAAGACGACCUAGCCUUAAAAAUGGUAUUCCCAAACCCGAAGAGCCCGUGGAUGAACUAUCGAAAGUUAAGUUAUCCAAAGGUCCAACAAAACCAGACCAGGUAGAACCAGAAGAGCCGAAAGUUGCGCAGGUUAAAAGGUUGGCUAAAAAGCCUGAAGAAGAGAAAGAGUACGUUGAUGAAUAUGAAAAACCAGAUCUAGAGAAAUACGAUAAACUAUCACCAACAAGCACAGAUAGAACUAAAGCACGAAACGAUAAAGAAGAGGAUGAAAUGAUUGUUGACGAUGACGAAAAAUCGGAAUUAGAAGAAAACGAGAAAGUUAGACGUACAAAAAAAGUCAAACGUGGUUCUAAAGACGUACAGGACGAGGUGGAUGUUAUGAAAGGUAAAAUUAAACCCAAAGAUAACGAAGAAGAACCACAAAUGCCAACACUCCGUAAACGUUCUGUACCUAAAGAUAAGGACGAUGAACAGAAACCAGAAGAAAAACCAAAGAAAAAAACGGUAAAAAAAGUUGAACCGGGUACUAAAAAACGACCGUCACUCAAAGAAAAGGAGGUUGUGGAAGAAGAAUUUGUCGAUGAUUAUGAAAGGCCAGUACUUGAAAAAUACGAGAAAAUCACACCGACACCAAUACAGAAAAAGAAGAAGGACGAAAAGAAACCAGACGAAGAAGUACCUUCUGAGUCAUUUACAUCUAGGCGCCCUUCUGCUAAAGACAAGCCAGAGCCAAUGGAUGUCGAUGAGGAGGUUCAGUUGAGUAAACCGAAAGCUCCGUCAAAACCAGCGCCAGAAGAUGUCUCAUUAACACACAAAACACCAGCAGAAAUCACUCCCACGGAGGACGAGGCUGAGGCGAAAUUGAACGUCAAAAAGCCAGAAAUCAUUGAGGAAAAAACAUUUAAGAAACCAUCUGUUAAAGACAAGGACAAAAAGGGUGAAGACACAGAGGAGUCUGUUAGUCUCACCAAGCCUCGCACUAAGACAAGCACCACUGCUCCGGAGGAUGCAUCUCUUACGCACAAGACACCAGCUAAGAAAGAGCCAACGGAGGGAACUGAAGCGGCAGCACUAAAAGUUAAAAAGCCAGCUGUUGUCAAGAAAGGAGUCAAAGAUGACAAAGAGGAGCCUUUGGCAAUUCAAGGAGGCAAAUUCGAAAUACCAAAACUUAAGAAAACCGUUAAGAAAACUACAGACAAACCUAAACAAGCAACACAUAGUGAACAGGAAAUACACGAUGGGUAUGAGCUUGACUUUGUUGACGACUACGAGCGACCGGUAUUGGAGAAAUACGAAAAGAUUUCUCCCACGCCUACAGUCAAGGAGAAGAAAGAAAAAGAACAAAAAACGGUGACAAUGGUAGCUCAGGCACAACAUCAAGCACAAUAUCUCGAAGUAAAGACUGAAAGCAGAAGAACUUCGAUGCAAUCAGAGAUGAAAGAAGAAAUCAAAACCGAAAGCCGUAGAAGUUCAAUCAUUGAAAACAAAGCACUUAAGCUUACAAAAGAAACGGCUGAAAGUAGAAAGUCAUCGAUUUCUUCAAUAUCUGAACAGCAACAAGUAUCCACUGUACGAAAGGGAUCGCUCAAGACCGCCGUAAGAGAAUCUGAAGUAAAUGAAUUAGAGCAAAUAAAAUUAAAGGACGACACUACUAAAGGCAAGCCAGAAGAAAAACCUGACGAACACACAGAACACAAAACAGAAACACCAUUCCCAUGGCGAAAACCAAAACAAAACACAGAGGAAACAAAUGAUAAAUCAACACCAAAACGCAGUGUUAGCUUAGACCAACCAAGAAAAUCGUCCUUCCCCUGGCGACGAUCAAGUAAAGGAGAGGACGGUGAGGAUGACACAGAAACAGAAACAAACACAACACAAACAAAAAGAACAUUACACAAAACACCAGAAGAACCUACACCCACUACACGGCGUACUUCUAAACACGAUGAGGAUGCGAUAGAGCCAACAUCGCGUAAACCUACAGACAUUUCAUCCGGUCCUUUAGACAAUGAAAAUGGUGUAGAUAUACCAAUUACUAAUAAAAACCAUGAAUACAUAAAUAACGAAAAGGAUACAUACCCAUGGCGCCGAUCAAGUACCACAAAAGAGAAAACAGAAACACCUGAGCGCAAAGAAUCAAUUCCAAAUUCAGAGACCAGUGAAAAAGUUGAGGUCGCUGAUAUUAACAAAGAUAAAAUACCAAAUAAACCAACAGAACCGUCUUACCCUUGGAGGAAACAGACAAACAAGGAGGUUCCAAUAUUUAUCACACCUGACGAUGACACAAAGCAUAACGCAGUAUCUUUUUCAUGGAACGUUAUUCCCGAAAUACCACAGGCAGAACAAACGCCAGAAUUGGAAGACAAAUUCAAGCCAACACUACUCGACAUACGUGACACUGUACCAUGGAGAAGGGCUAAAUCUCCUCAGGCUGAAGACAAGGAACAGAGCAAGCCGACAUUAGAAACACCACCUAGCAGCACUCCGUCUGAUGAGAAAGUGGCAGCGAAGGAAGAAAAGGUAGAGGCAGAAGUCAAAAAGGCUAAAGCUACAACGUUAAAGAAGAAGGCAGAAGAUUUGCCAGAAAUCCCAGACUAUGAAAGGCCAGAACUUGAGAAAUACGAAAAGAUUUCACCUACUCCCACAACCAGGGAGAAGCCCGAAAAGGAUAAGCCGGCAGAUAAACCGAAAAUCGCAGAAGUCAAAGCUCCUGAAGAACCACCAGCACCAGCUGCUCCUAAAAUUAAGGAGCCUGAAGAGAAGCCAGCCGCACCUAAAAUUGAAGUGGUACGCGAAAAAUCACCAAAACCGGAAAUGCCCAGGAAACCCUCCCUGUCACCCGCUCCACCCGGAAGACGUGGCUCGCUCAUUCCUCCCCCGGAGGAAAUGGGAAGACGUCCUUCUCUCAUCAUCAGCGACGAGGUCACGAAAUUACGUCCUGGAGAAGUUUUAGACGAGAAAAAGAAACGCGGCAGGCCGGGUGAACUAUCGGACGAGCGACGAAAAUCGGGCGACUCGAGAAGACCAUCAGUACAAGACUUGGAAGGUCUCAUUAAUAAACCUUCAACGCCACUGAGACCCACUGGCAAUGAAGGCCCACCGGUCAUCGUUGAUGCUCCAGAGAGUAACUCCGCUGUCGAGGAUCAAGUUGGUUACCUCUCCAUACUGGUGGAGGGUACACCGCCGCCGACGUUUAAGUUCUACAAGGGAGUGACAGAAAUUAUCGAGGGAGGGCGUUUCAAGUACAUUACAGAAGGAGACACGGGUCGCAUCACACUGUGCAUGAGAAAAGUAAAGCCCAACGAUGAGGGUAAAUACAAAGUUGUUGUCAGCAACAUCCACGGCGAGGACUCUGCUGAAAUGCAACUAUAUGUAUCCGAUGCCAGUGGUAUGGACUUCAGAGCUUUACUCAAAAAGCGAAAAUACCAAAAAUGGGGUGAAAAGAAUGAAGAACCCGAUUGGGGCGACCUCAAAGAAGUUGAAAAACCAAUUCCACCUCUAAAGAAAGUUGAAAAGAAACCUGAAUCUUUCUUGAAGCCCCUUGUAGAUCAAUCCGCAAAGGAGGGUAAAGAUAAGAAGGUGACCUUUGAAGCCAUUUUCACUAAACCAAAUGCUAAGCCUAAGUGGUUCUUCCGUAAGGAUGAACUUUUCCCAGGAUCUAAGUAUAAGAUGACAAAUGAAGGCGACUCAUACAAGUUGAUCAUCAUGAAUCCCAAAGUGGAAGAUACGGGCAAGAUCACAAUUGAAAUUGGUGGCGUGACAAGCACCGCCUUCUUGCAAGUGGACGAACCAGACCCAACAUACAGCUUUACUAAACAUUUGAAGAAAACACUUACUGGAUACACAAAGCAUGAAGUUGUUCUGGAAUGUGCGGUGUCCAACAGCCUGGCUAUCGUAUCUUGGUGGAAAGGUGAAAAGAAAUUGGAAGACAGUGAUGAAUUCCAGACAUCUAAAGAUCUAUCAGGUGUAUGCAGAUUAGUUAUAAAGGCAGCAAAAUUAGAGGAUGCUGGUAAAUACAUGUGCAAAAUUGAAAAACAACCAGACAAGACUGAAUGUGAAGUUAAGAUUAUCGAAUAUCCUUACAAGUUCACCAAGGUACUUAAGUCGCAACAGGCUAUUGAAAAAGAUACCAUCACCCUGCUUUGUGAACUUGACGAUGCCAUGGGUGAUGUUAAAUGGUUCAAGAACGACCAGCCACUGAAGGCUGACAAGCGUAUCUCAAUAGUCAAGGAGGGUCGUAAACGUAAAGUGGUUAUCAAGGACGCAAAGGUCACUGAUGCUGGUAACUUUAAAUGCGUCAGUAAUGCUGAUGAGACAGCAUGCGAAUUGAUCGUCAAAUACUCGAAUCGCUUCAACAAGAAGUUGAAGGAUACCGAAGCAGUUGAAAGAGACAAGGUGGUGCUGGAGGUGGAAUUGCAGGACCAGACUGCCGAGGCUGUUUGGUCCUUCAACGGUACACCCAUUGUACCGGAUGAGAGGAUCGAAAUUAAGAACCUGGGUGGUGGAAAACAUCAACUUAUCUUCAAUAAGCUAGAGAUGGAAGAUGACGGUGAAAUCCUGUGCGAAUCUGGAAAACUGACAUCUUCGUGUAAGCUUACAGUUAAGAAGGGUGAAUCGAAGCCAUCUAUCGAAUGCCCAGAUGAAUUUAAUGGACCCGCAGGACAUCCCUUCGUUAUUGAAGUGCCGUACAAAAUUUCAGGCACACGUCAAACUCCAAUUGAGGCUAAACUAUUCAAGGAUGGUAAAGCUCUACCGGCUAAAGAAGUCGAGGUAGUUGUGGAACAAGAGAAAAUUCUUUUCAAACUCAAAAAGCCAACUAGAGAAGGAUCUGGUGGAUACCAAAUCAAACUAUCCAACGCUCAGGGAGAAGAUUCCAAGGAUGUUACCAUUAUCAUGCAGAGCGCGCCAACGCCACCACAAGACGUUGAGGUCUCGGAAGUGUUCCAGACUUCAUGUGUCGUUGCAUGGAAAGUCCCACAGGAUGAUGGUGGAUCACCAAUCGUCAAAUAUGUUAUUGAACGACAGGAUAUGUCGCUAAAAGCUGGCUGGGACAACGUUGCCGAAGUGGCACACGGACAACCUACUAAAUAUAAGGUCGAAGAUCUUGUCGCAAAGAAAACAUACAAAUUCAGAAUUCGUGCCGUCAAUAAGAUUGGAUCUAGUGAACCUGGACUCUUUGGCAAGCCUGUUCUUGCUAAGGAUCCAUGGGAUGAGCCAUCGAAGCCUAAGGGAGUAGAACUGAAGGAUUGGGACAAAGACCACGCUGAUCUUAAAUGGCAAAAGCCCGACAACGAUGGUGGAGCGCCAAUCACUGGCUAUGUCAUCGAGUAUAAAGAGAAAUUCGGCAAAGACUGGGUAAAGGGCAAGGAAGUGGAUGGCGAUUGCCUAGAAGCAACUCAAGACGGACUUAAAGAGGGAUGCACUUAUGAGUUCAGAGUCCGAGCCAUCAACAAGGCAGGUCCCGGUGAACCUAGUGACAGCACUAAGCCUAUUGUUGCUAAGUGCAGAUUUGUUAAGCCAUAUAUCGUUGGAGAGGGUCUUCAGAGUAUGAUCAUCAAGAAGGGACAAGUAAUUUCCUUCGAUAUUAAAUACGGUGGAGAGCCCGAACCGGAAGUUAGAUGGAUGCACGGGGAAGAGAAACGUGGCAAGCCGUUCAGGGAAAAGGAAAUUCGCGACGAUGGAGAACGUAUCACCAUCGACAAAUAUGAGAGAAACACUGUACUAACUGUGAGGAAAACUACAAGAAUUGACAGUGGAAAAUAUAAAUUGGUACUUACCAACUCGUCUGGUACUUGCGAAAGCAUUGCUGAUGUAGUAGUUCUCGACAAACCUAACCGACCGAACGGACCAAUUGAAGUUGUUGAGAUUCGCGCUGAAAAAGCAACUGUCAAAUGGCAAAAGCCUGAUGACUGGCAAGGAUCUGAUAUUACCGGAUAUACACUUGAGAAAAUGGACUUGGAUACCGGUAACUGGGUACCAUGUGGUGAAUGUGGCCCAGAACCUACAGAGUUCACGGUCAAGGGUCUGACACCAAAUCACAAAUACAAAUUUAGGGUUCGAGCAGUAAAUAAAGAAGGUGAAUCAGAGCCAUUAGAAACGGAUGGAGCCAUUGUUGCAAGGAAUCCUUACGACCCACCGAAAGCUCCUGGUAAACCGAACAUCAUUGAUUAUGACAACAUGUCGGUUACUCUACAAUGGGAACCUCCAAGUGAUAAUGGUGGUAGACCGAUACUCGGCUACGUGAUCGAAAUGAAAGACAAAUUCACCGCUGAUUGGAUAGAGGUUGGUAAACUGACAGAGCCCAAAACAGAGUACAAGGUCGAGGGACUCAAGGAAAAGAUGAUAUACCAGUUCCGAGUAAAAGCUUACAACAAAGCUGGUGUGGGCGAUGCUUCACAACCAACUGAAAACCAUCUCUGCAAGCAUAGAAACUUGAAACCUCGCAUAGAGCGCAGCACAUUCAAGUCUGUUAUUAUCAAGGCUGGACGUACACACAAGUGGUCAGUGGAUGUCAUUGGUGAACCUCCACCGGAGACCACAUGGUCAUGGCGUGAGAACAUAAAGCUCGUUAACACAGAGCGUAUUAAGAUUGAGAACAAAGAAUACCACACUGACUUCACAAUAGUGAAUGCGGUGCGACGUGACACGGGCAAGUACACGCUGCGGGCUGAAAACUGCAAUGGCUUUGAUGAGGAGACAGUCGAGUUGACAGUACUGAGCAAACCAAGCGCACCUAAAGGUCCGUUGGAAGUAACUGACGUGCACGCGGAAGGUUGCAAGGUGAAAUGGGAGAAACCGGAAGACGACGGCGGCUCUCCUGUCAAGGAGUACGAGCUGGAGAAGAUGGACCUCGCUACUGGCAAGUGGGUCCGUGUUGGAAGAGUGGCGGGUGACAAGAAGCCGUUAGAGAUGGAAGUGACAGGCCUGGAGCCCGGACACCAGUACAAGUUCCGUGUCACCGCAGUCAACGACGAGGGAGACUCGGAGCCGCUCGAGACAGAGCGCGCUAUACUCGCCAAGAAUCCAUACGAUGUGUCGGAUAAGCCCGGCAACGUGGAGGUGGCGGAUCACGACAACCAGAGCGCUGACAUCAAGUGGGAGCCGCCGGCGAACGAUGGUGGCGCCCCCAUACUCAAGUACAUUAUACAGAAGAAACCCAAGGGCGGCGACUGGGAGAACGCCGCUGAGGUACCAGGAUCCGCUACAUCAGCUAAAGUGGACGGAUUGCCCGAAGGCAGCGAGUACCAGUUCAGGGUGAUCGCAGUCAACAAGGCCGGACCCUCAGAGCCAUCAGAUGCCACCAAGAUGACCACCAUCAGGCACAAAGCUCUGAAACCUCGUAUCGAUCGUACGAACCUUAAAGCACUUGCGGUGCGCGCCGGCAAACCCAUCUUCUUCGAUGUAAACGUGCGAGGUGAACCUGCACCUAAAGUGCAAUGGUUCCAGAAGUGGAAGGCUGAAGAGAAGGAGGUAACAGAGAACGUAAUUAACGUGGACUACAACACGAAGCUGGACAUCAAAGAGUCAGUGCGGGCUAUGACCGGCACUUACCGUAUUCUGGCCACCAACGAGCACGGCAGUGAUGAGGCCGAGGUGGAGAUCACGGUGCUGUCAGCUCCCGGCAAGCCUACCGGACCUCUCAAGGUCACCGAUGUCACAAAGAACGGCUGCAAGCUAGCCUGGAAGAAGCCUGAGGAUGAUGGCGGUAAACCUGUCACUGGUUACGUUGUUGAGAAGUUGAAUAAGGCAACCGGCCGGUGGGUGCCAGUGGGAAAGACUGACGACACUGAAAUGGAGAUCAAGGGUUUGCAGGAAGGCGAGGAGUACGAGUUCAGAGUACGAGCCGUCAAUGAAGAGGGAGAGUCGGAACCAUUGAAGACUGACCACUCUAUAUUAGCUAAGAAUCCAUACGAUAUCCCCGGCAAGCCGUCAGUGCCUACAAUUGAAGACUGGGACGUUGACCGCGUGGACCUCAAAUGGGAGGCGCCCAAGAAUACGGGCGGAGCACCCAUCACUGGAUACAUCAUUGAGAAGAAGGAGAAGUUUGGCCAGUGGCAGGAGGCACUUGUUACCACGACGCCGGAGUGCAAGGCGCGCGUACCAGAGUUGCGCGAAGGCAAUACGUACCAGUUCCGCGUGCGAGCCGUCAACAAGGCCGGCCCUGGAGAACCGGGAGAACCGACACAGCCUCAUGUCGCUAAAGCCAGAUUCUUGAAACCAUACAUAAACCGAGACAAGAUGGUUGCAAUCAGAGUACGCGCUGGUACCACAAUCAGACUGGACGUUGACGUGAGAGGAGAACCCCCGCCGACUAAGACAUGGACAUUCGCCAACAAGGUGAUCGAAACCGGUGUCGGUGUGAAGCUGGAAAACGAGGACUACAACACAAAGCUCCAAAUCUUCGAUUCCACCUGGAAGAACUCUGGCAUCUACACGCUCAAGGCGGAGAACGACUCGGGCGUGGACGAAGCUACAGUAGAAGUAACCGUACUUGACAAACCAGGCAAGCCGGAAGGUCCGCUGGAGGUGUCCGACGUGCACGCUGACCAUGUCAAGUUGAGCUGGAACAAGCCGAAGCACACCGGCGGCUUGCCACUCAGCGCGUACGUUGUAGAGAAGAUGGACACGCUCACCGGCAAGUGGGUGCCUGCGGGCACUGUCGACCCUGACACCACUGAGGCUACUGUCACUGGAUUGGAAGCCGGUCAUACUUACCAGUUCAGGGUAAAGGCCCUGAACGAGGAAGGUGAGUCGGAGCCCCUGGACACGGACCACGGCAUCCUGGCUAAGAAUCCGUACGACGUGCCCGCGCCCCCCGGCCUGCCGGACAUUGUGGACUGGGACGAGAAGUCUGCCAAACUGAAGUGGGAACCCCCCAUCAGGGACAACGGAGCACCCAUCACUGGGUACAUCAUCGAAGUCAUGGAUAGAGAUAGGGGCGAGUUUGUUAAGGCCGCCGAGAUCCAAGGCAACAUCUGCCAAGGCACUGUACCCAAGUUGGAGGAGGGCAAUCAGUACCAGUUCAGAGUGCGCGCGUUGAACAAGGCCGGACAGUCCGAGCCUUCUGAGAACACCAACUGGCACACUGCUAAACCACGAUUCUUGAAACCGCGCAUCGAUCGUACAAACUUGAACCCAUUGACUGUAAAAGCUGGGUUACCAGUAUCAUUAGAUGUCAAAGUAUUCGGUGAACCACCGGCCACAGUCACCUGGUACUUCAAGGGCGAGGAGCUGAAGAAUGGUCCCAACUUGGAGAUCAUCAAUGUGGACUACAACACCAAGUUCCUGAUGACGAAGAGCAAACGCGCUAAUACCGGAAAGUACGUCAUUAAAGCGAAGAACGAAGUUGGAGAAGACGAGGCCGAAGUCGAGAUUUCAAUCCUCGGCAAGCCAUCUAAACCCAAGGGUCCGUUGGAAGUAUCUGAUGUGACAAAGAACAGCUGCACCCUGACUUGGGACAAGCCGGAGGACGACGGUGGCGCCCCCAUCGAGUACUACGAGAUUGAGAAGUUGGAUCCACUUACUGGACAAUGGCUGCCUUGCGGUACUGCUAAGGACUGUAAGGCAAACAUAGCGGGCCUGCAGGAAGGCAAGCCUUACAAGUUCCGAGUCAAGGCUGUCAACAAGGAGGGCGAGUCCGAGGAACUGGAGACAGAGAAACCAAUCAUCGCUAAGAAUCCAUACGACGAGCCCGGCAAGCCCGGCCGGCCGGAGCCCCGCAACUGGGACAAGGACUUUGUUGACCUCGAGUGGUCCCCGCCCAAGGAGGACGGUGGCGCCCCCAUCACUGGCUACAUUGUGCAGAAACGUGAGAAGGGUGGAAGAACAUGGCAAGACUGUCUCAAAACGAGCGGGGAACGUCCCACGGGCCGCGUGACAGACGUGGAAGAGGGCCACGAGUACCAGUUCCGUGUGAUUGCUGUCAACAAGGCAGGUCCUGGAGAACCCUCGGAGCCAAGUCGAUCUGUUAUCGCCAAGCCGAGAUUCUUGGCACCUCAAAUCGACCGCAAAUACCUACAAAAACGUAAGAUCAAAGUGGGCCAGACCCUCAAGAUGGAAGCCGAUGUCAAGGGUGAACCUGAACCCACCAUCACAUGGACCUUCAACGACCAGGCUCUCAAGACCGAAGAGAGGUUGAAGAUAGAAAACAAUGACUAUCAUACUUCGUUCUCACUGCUGAAGGUGACCAGAGCUGACAGCGGCAAGUACACAGUCACAGCAAAGAACGACUCCGGUACUGACACCGUGGACGUCGAAGUUUCCGUUGUUAGCAAACCCGCUAAGCCUAAAGGACCAUUGCAAGUUUCUGAUGUCAAAGCAGACGGCUGCAAACUCAAAUGGGAGCCGCCAGAGGACGACGGUGGUGAGCCUGUCGAGAGCUACGUUGUUGAACGUAUGGACACCGACUCGGGCAGAUGGGUGCCCGUUUGUACCACAAAGACCCCUGAGGCUGACGUCACGGGCCUCAAUGAGGGCAAGGACUACAUGUUUAGGGUGAAGGCCGUCAACCCUGAGGGAGAGAGCGAGCCGCUCGUCACUGACACCGCUACUACAGCUAAGAAUCCCUAUGGUGAACCGGAUGCACCUGGUAAGCCAGAAUUCAAGGACUGGGACAAACAACACGUGGACCUCAAAUGGGAGAAGCCUGCCAACGAUGGUGGCGCCCCCAUCACAGCCUACAUCGUGGAGAAGAAAGACCGCGAUACCGGCAAAUGGGUGAAAGCUGUUGAGGUACCAGGACACAAGACGGAGGCUCGUGUUCCCGAUCUGAUAGAAGGCAAGACGUACCAGUUCCGUGUGAAGGCGGUCAACAAGGCAGGCCCCGGCAAACCAUCCCAGGCCACCGACAAUCUUUUGGCUAAGGAUAGAUUUGCGCCGCCUAAGAUCGAUCGUACUAAUAUGCGUGAUAUUACCAUCAAGGCGGGUCAAAUGAUUCGACUUGACGUCAAGGUCAGCGGUGAACCUCCACCGACCAAGACAUGGUUCCAGAACAAGGAGCGUCUGUCGACACGCGACGAUCUGUCCAUAGACUCGGAGGAGUACCGCAUUAAGUUGUCUGUGGUGGUGGCAUCGCGCAAACACAGCGGCACCUACGUCCUCAAGGCGGAGAACAGCAGUGGACGGGAUGAAGCCUCUAUUGAGGUUAAGGUCCUGGAUGUGCCUGCUAAGCCUGAGGGACCACUUAAGAUUUCCGACGUGCACAAAGAAGGUUGUACGCUGAAAUGGAACGCGCCAUUGGACGAUGGUGGCGCCCCCAUUGACCACUACCUGGUGGAGAAACUGGACACGGAGACGGGUCGCUGGGUGCCCGCGCUCAAGACCAAGGAUCCCAAGGCUGAGGUGGAGAACCUGGUGCCCGGACACGAGUACAAGUUCAGAGUGUCCGCUGUUAACAAUGAAGGUGUCUCUGAACCUCUGGAGGGCGAGCAUUCGAUUAUCGCCAAGAAUCCGUUCGACGAGCCCGGCAAGCCUGGUACUCCCGAGGUUGUGGACUGGGACAAGGAUCACGUGGACCUCAAGUGGCAGAAACCCAUCAAGGACGGUGGCGCUCCCAUCACUGGAUACAUCAUAGAGAAAAGAGAAGUCGGCUCGCCAAAGUGGGUGAAAGCCUGCGAGGUUGGUCCUAAUGAUAACGAGAAAGCCACAGUACCUAAUCUAGAUGAAGGUGUGGAGUACGAGUUCAGAGUGAAGGCGGUGAACGAGGCCGGCCCUGGCGAGCCUAGUGACGCCAGCAAGUCCGUCACAUGCAAACCUAGGCGACUGGCACCAAAGAUUGAUCGUCGUAAUCUCCGUCCUAUCAAAGUGCGGGAGGGUGAGCCCAUCUCGUUAGAUGUGAAGGUAUCAGGUGAACCUGCACCCGACGUUACCUGGACACUCAACGGCAAGUCUGUUACCUCCGGUAAUGGACUUAAGUUGGUGAAUGUACCUUAUCUCAGCAAGUACCAACACGCCAGCCCUCGCCGCAAGGACUCCGGCACAUACAAGAUACAGGCCUUCAACAAGUACGGACAGGACACCGCAGAGCUGGACAUCACUGUCACAUCGAAACCGGACAAGCCGGAAGGUCCAUUAGAAGUGUCUGACAUACACAAGGACGGCUGCACACUGAAGUGGAAGAGGCCAAAAGACGAUGGUGGAGAACCCAUCGAGGGUUACGUGGUUGAAAAGUACGACACAGAGACAGGCACAUGGAUGCCUGUUGGCAAGACACUUGGCAAUGUACCUGAGAUGGAGGUUGAAGGUUUGAUCCCUGGUCAUGAGUACAAGUUCCGUGUGAAGGCGGUCAAUAAGGAGGGCGAGUCGGAGCCUUUAGAAACAUUCGGUGCUAUCGUCGCUAAAGAUCCAUUCACUGUACCAGAUGCUCCAACAACACCAGUACCUGAUGACUGGUCUGCCAACCAUGUGGACCUGAAGUGGGAGGCGCCGAUAUCUGACGGCGGCUCACCUAUUAUUGGUUACAUUAUUGAGAAGAAGGACAAAUAUAGUCCAUUGUGGGAAAAAGCUCUGGAGACUCACACACCUACACCAAGUGCCACUAUCAAUGGUCUGAUCGAAGGCAACGAGUACCAGUUCCGCGUGAUAGCUGUGAACAAGGCGGGUCAGAGUAAGCCUUCUGAGGGCAGUAAGACAUUUGUGGCCAAGCCGCGUUUCCUCGCACCCAAGAUUGACCGCCGCCAUCUUCGUGACGUCACACUCUCAGCUGGCGCCACACUCAAGUUUGAAGCCGCUAUCACUGGCGAGCCCGCGCCCGCUGUUGAAUGGAGAUAUCAGAACAUGCCUCUACGUCCAUCAAAGGCUGUGACAAUCGACUCUCCGGACUACUUCACCAAGUUGGUGGUACGUCCGGUACGACGUGAUGACUCCGGCGAGUACACCGUCACAGCUGUCAACUCCAGUGGCAAAGAUACCGUCACCAUCAACGUGGUGGUCACUGACAAGCCCACUAAACCUGAAGGACCUCUACAGAUCUCAGAUGUACACAAAGAAGGUGCGACAUUGAAAUGGAAGCGACCGAAGGACGACGGCGGUGCGCCCAUAGAGUACUACCAAGUGGACAAACUGGACACGGAGACUGGCUGCUGGGUACCUUGUGCCCGCUCUGAGGAACCAAAGUGCGAAGUGACUGGUCUGACACCAGGCAAGGAAUACAAGUUCCGCGUGUCUGCUGUCAACUCUGAGGGUGAGUCGGAGCCUUUAGUCUCCGAGACUAGUAUCGUCGCCAAGAAUCCGUUCGAUGAACCUGGAGCACCAGGCACACCCUCGGUGACAGAUUGGGACAAGGACCAUGUUGACCUCAAGUGGACCCCGCCGAAGGAAGAUGGUGGAGCGCCCAUCGAGGGUUACAUUGUGGAGAAGAAGGAUAAAUUUGGCAACUGGGAGAAGGCGCUGGAAGUACCAGCUGAUAAGACCACUGCGACUGUACCUGAUCUUGUUGAAGGUCAGACGUAUGAGUUCAGAGUGCGAGCGGUGAACAAGGCAGGUCCGGGCGAGCCCAGUGACAGUACACAUCCUAUAGUGGCAAAGCCGCGCAACAUGGCGCCCAAGAUAGACAGGACUAACCUCAUAGAUAUCAAGAUCAAAGUCGGACAGAAGUUUGCCUUCGACGUCAAGGUUUCUGGUGAACCGAUGCCAGAAACGAAAUGGUUCUUAGCUAAAAAGGAGGUGAAGUCAUACGGCGACAUGAAGGUGCAGCACUCCGACUACAACACGAAGCUGACGUGCAAAGCUGCCACGAGGUCUGACAGCGGCCGGUACACCAUCACCGCUGAGAACGUCAACGGCAAAGACGUCGCUGAAGUCGAGGUGAUCGUGCUCAGCGUGCCCAGCCCACCUGGAGGACCACUUAAGGUAUCAGAUGUGCACGCAAACGGCGCCAAGUUGUCAUGGAACCCGCCCGCAGACGACGGCGGUCAGCCCAUAGAGAAGUACGUGGUGGAGCGCAUGGACGAGGCCACGGGCCGCUGGGUGCAGGCCGGAGAGACCCUGGGUCCAGAGACCAGCCUGCCAGUCGACGGCCUCCAGCCCGGACACAAGUACAAGUUCAGGGUGCGCGCUGUUAACAGACAAGGCAAAUCGGAGCCUCUCACGACACCGCAUGCUACUGAAGCUAAGAAUCCAUUCGACGUGGCCGGCAAGCCCGGUACACCCAAGAUCAAGGACUUCGACAAGGACUUUGUGGAGUUGGAAUGGACCCGACCAGAGACAGACGGUGGCGCACCCAUCACGGGCUACGUCAUCGAGAAGAAGGACCGCUUCUCACCCGACUGGGAGGAGUGUGCUCAGAUCGAGGGCGAUGUAACUUCUGGUAAAGUUCCGGACCUCAUCGAAGGCAAUACGUAUGAGUUCCGCGUGCGGGCGGUCAACAAGGCCGGCAAGGGCGUGCCCAGCGACGGAACAGCGCCGCAUCUCGCCAGACCUAAGAACUUACCACCCAAAAUUGACAGAAACUUCAUGUUUGACAUUAAGAUCAAAGUCGGACAGAACUUCGACCUUGAAGUGCCCGUGGUUGGAGAACCAACGCCCACUAAAGAAUGGCUACACGGUGACAACGUCGUACUUAACACUGACAGGAUCAAGAUUGUUAACGACGCUCACACCACCAAGUUCCGUGUGAUCGAUGCUAAGAGAGCAGAUUCCGGAACUUACACUCUCAAAGCCAAAAAUAUUAACGGCACCGAUUCUGCAACUGUCAAAGUUUUAGUAAUGGACGUACCGACCGCGCCGGAGGGACCGCUUCGUGUGGACGACAUCACGAAGUCUGGCUGCUCGCUGCGCUGGCGGCCGCCUAAGGACGAUGGCGGCUGUGAGAUCACACACUACGUUGUUGAAAAAAUGGACCAAGAAAACCUCCGCUGGGUUCCCGCUGGAGAAGUGCAAGGUUGCCACAUGCGUAUUGAUCAUCUCAUUGAAGGACACGACUACAACUUCCGCGUCCGCGCCGUCAACAAACAAGGCGAGUCGCACCCGCUUGUAGGCCAGGAACCGAUCACUGCCAAGGAUCCGUACGGAACACCAGACAAACCUGGCACUCCGGUAGUCAAGGACUGGGACAAAGAUCACAUGGACUUGGAAUGGGUCCCGCCCAAGAAAGAUGGCGGCGCUCCAAUUACAGGUUACGUUAUCGAGGCCAAGAAAAAGUACGGCCCUUGGGAAGUCGCAGCCACUGUACCUGGAAACCAAACUACAGCUACAGUUCCAGGGUUGCAGGAAGGAGAGGAGUAUGAAUUUAGAGUCAUCGCUGUUAACAAAGCAGGCAACGGUGAACCUAGCGAUGCAUCCACUCCGCAAGUGGCUAAAGCCAGAUUUUGCGCUCCACACUUCGACAAGAUACUGCUCGCUGACAAGACCGUCAAGGCCGGACAGCGCAUACAGUAUGAGAUACCAAUCGAAGCGUCACCUAAGCCGACUGUCGAAUGGCAGAUCAACGGCAAAGUUGUUCAGCCAUCAGAUAGACUCGAUAUUCAAAUUUUGCACAACAGGGUUAUCUUAGACAUUCCAUUCUCCGUUCGCGCCGACGGCGGAGUUUACAAAUUGACAUUAAAGAAUGAUCUUGGAGUAUGUUCAGCUUCGGCUCAAGUCACAGUUCUAGACAAGCCGUCCAGGCCGGAGAAGCCGCUCGUGGUCUCCGAUGUUACAAAGGAUUCAUGCUCGCUGUCAUGGAAGGUCCCGCUCGACGACGGUGGAUCACCGAUUUUGCAUUACGUAAUCGAGAAAAUGGACUUAUCUCGCGGUACGUGGUCAGAUGCAGGCAUGAGCACCUUCCUUUCUCAUCAAGUGACAAGAUUAAUACACAUGAAGGAAUAUCUGUUUAGAGUGAGUGCAGUAAACGCCAUCGGUCAAUCUGAACCACUUGAAUUAGACCGCGCUAUUGUUGCGAAGAACGAGUUCGACGAACCUUCCGCUCCUGGUAAACCUGUAGCAACAGACUGGAGCAAGGAUCACGUCGAUUUGGAAUGGGCCGCCCCCAAAUCCGACGGCGGUGCACCCAUUACCGGAUACAUUGUGCAAAAGAAGGAAAAGGGCAGCCCCUACUGGGUAAAUGCCGUCCAUGUGCCUCCUAAACAGACUAAGGCAACUGUGCCAGAUCUAAUAGAAGGUCAAGACUAUGAAUUCAGAAUUAUCGCCGUCAAUCAAGCCGGACAAUCCGAACCCAGUGAACCUUCCGAUAUUAUCACUGCUAAGGACAGAUUUGUCGCACCUAAAAUCAUCACACCACUUAAGGAGGUUCGCAUCAAGGCCGGACUUAUUUUCCACGUCGACGUGGACUUCAUCGGUGAGCCUACGCCAGAUGUCAAAUGGACUUGCGAGGGUAGAACUGUGGCAACUAACGAGAGAACUACAGUUACCUCAGUUGGACACCAUACUAUUAUUCAUACUGUGAACUGCAAGCGUUCAGAUGCUGGCAAAUACAACUUACUCUUGAAGAAUGACUCUGGAACUGACGAGGGCAGCUUUGAACUCAUCGUUUUGGACGUACCUGGUGCACCACAACCUCCAUUCGAAUACGAGGAGAUUACUGCACAAUCUGUUACCUUAUCAUGGAAGCCACCUAAAGACAAUGGCGGCAGUGAACUUACCGCCUACGUCAUUGAAAAACGUGAUCUCACUCAUGGUGGCGGCUGGGUUCCGGCCGUUACUUACAUCAACCCUAAAAAUACACACGCAACUGUUCCUCGUCUGUCCGAGGGUACCAAGUACGAGUUCAGAGUGUUCGCAGAGAACUUGCAGGGUCGGUCUGAACCUCUCGUGACCGACAAACCUGUGGUUGCCAAGAACCAAUAUACUGUACCUGGCAAACCAGGAAAACCGGAGCUCGUUUCCGCAGAUAAGGACCAUAUUAAGAUCAAAUGGUCAUCGCCUAUAUCGAACGGUGGCUCUAACAUUUUGGGCUACGACGUUGAAAGAAGAGACAAAGCUACAGGCAGAUGGAUCAAGCUCAACAAGGAACCUGUUAGGUUCAACGAGUAUGAGGAUGACAGGGUACAAGAAGGUCACCAAUAUGAAUACAGAGUGUCUGCUGUCAACGCAGCUGGACCUGGCCAGCCUUCUGAACCAUCUAACGUUAUCAUUGCUAAACCUAUGAAAGAGAAACCGAAAUUGUCGCUCGACCACCUGAUCGGUCGUAAGAUCAAAGUCCGCGCUGGUGAACCGAUCAAUAUUAACAUUCCAAUCGCCGGUGCACCGACACCGAAGAUCACUUGGACCAAGGGUGCCAUCCCACUUGUUCCUUCACACAGGCUGUCUGCUGAGACGAGUCCCGAUGAGACUAAACUCAGCAUCGAGAAGUCUACUAGAGACGAUGCUGGCAAAUAUACUAUCACUGCAACUAAUGAAUAUGGCAAAGACUCUGCUGACAUUGAGGUUAUUGUCGUCGACAAACCUGGUGUGCCUAAGGGACCUCUAUCAUGCACACCUAUUACACAUGAGACCAUGAGUCUGACGUGGUUACCGCCCACAGAUGACGGCGGCAGUGAAAUCACUGGUUACGUCGUCGAGGUUGCCGAAUUCGGUGUCAACGAUUGGCGCACUGUCGCCGGUUUCUGUCCAAAGUGCUCGUUUACUGUUAAAAACUUAACAGAGGGCAAGAAAUAUGUCUUUAGAGUACGAGCUGAAAACUUGUACGGACUCUCCGAUCCACUGGAGAGCAAGCCGAUUAUCGCUAAACUACCUUUCGAUCCACCAGAUGCACCAGUCACGCCUAAGAUCACUGGAUACAGUGCAAACAGCUGUUCCCUCGAAUGGCAGCCGCCGACCAACACCGGUGGAAGACCUAUUACCGGUUACAACGUCGAGAAGAGGGAACGUGGUGGUGAAUGGGUAAAGGUUAACAACUAUCCUACACCCAACACGUGUUACACCGUCCAAGACUUACGUGAGGGUAACCGUUACGAGUUCCGCGUUAUUGCAGUCAACGAAGCCGGUCCCGGCAAACCCAGCAAACCGACCGAACCUAUUAUUGCACAAACUCAAAGACUUAAGCCCAGCGCUCCCGAGGCACCUAAGCCAGACAGAAUCACUAAAGAUUCGGUCACGCUUUCCUGGAGACCGCCAAAGAGCGACGGCGGAGCAAAGAUUAAGGGCUAUAUCAUCCAACAGAAGGCGAAAGGAGAUAAAGAAUGGAAGGAUGUUAACGACACACCUAUCCCGAGCCUCGUUCACACGGUACCAAAACUCAAAGAAGGCGAAGAGUACCAGUUCAGAGUUAUCGCCGUUAAUGAAGUCGGUAAUUCGGAGCCUAGCAAACCGACUGCCGACAUUACGAUUGCGGAACAACCGAACAAACCUUGCAUGGAUCUCGGCGGCGUGCGUGACAUCACAGUGCGCGCGGGUGAAGAUUUCUCUAUUCACGUGCCGUACACCGGCUUCCCGCAACCAACCGCGUCCUGGUUCGCCGACGAUAAUCUUCUCGACGUCGAUGGCGAUUCGAGAAUAUUCCAGAAGAUCACACCAGAUUCUGCUUCGCUCGUGGUUAAGAACGCCAAGAGAUCAGACGGAGGCCAGUAUAGAUUGCAACUCCGCAACCCAUCCGGAUACGACACGGCCACUAUCAAUGUGCGCGUGCUCGACAGACCUGGCAAACCUGAAAACCUCCGCGCGGACGAAUUCGAGGGCGAAGCGCUCACGCUUUACUGGAACCCGCCCAAAGACAAUGGAGGCGGAGAGAUAACAAAUUAUGUGGUGGAAAAACGCGAAGCACGUUCACCCACUUGGACCAAGGUGUCCGGAUAUGUCACGACACCGUUCCUCCGCGUGAAGAACUUGACCGUCGGCAGGGACUACGAGUUCAGAGUCAUGGCUGAAAACCAAUACGGUCAAUCGGACCCGGCUCAGACGACCGAGCCGAUCAAGGCGAGACAUCCGUUCGACCCGCCGGGCCCGCCCGGCGUGCCGCGGUCCGUCGAGACCACGGAGUCGUCGAUCACGGUCACGUGGUCCAAGCCGCGCAACGACGGCGGCUCCCCGAUCACCGGUUACAUACUCGAGAAGAGGCUCAUCACCGAAGACAAGUGGACGAAGGCGUGCCACGCUCACAUUCCAGACACGACGUACCGGGUGACCGGACUGAUCGAGAACCACGAGUACGAGUUCCGUGUGUGUGCGGUUAACGCGGCCGGGCAGGGGCCGUACUCGCAGAGCUCGGACGCGAUCCGCGCCUGCGCACCGCCCAACUGCCCGCGCAUCACCAGCGACCUCAGCCUGCGCGAUAUCACCGUUAUCGCCGGCGAGGAGAUCAAGAUCACCGUACCCUUCACCGGCAACCCGAGACCCAAGGUAUCAUGGAUCGUGAACAACGAUGAGGUGUUCCCGGACAGCCGCAUCCGGUUUGUGACGUCAGACCGCGACACGGUGUUCCUCAACAGCUGCGCCAAGCGCUCCGACACCGGCUCCUACACAGUGCAGCUCGUCAACAGCGAGGGCUCCGACAGCGGCACCUGCAGAGUGCUGGUUGUAGACAAGCCAUCUCCGCCAGUGGGUCCAUUGGAUUGCUCGGAUAUCACACCAGACACAUGCACGUUGUCAUGGAAACCGCCGCUAGAUGAUGGCGGCUCGCCCAUCACUAACUACAUUGUCGAGAAGAUGGACAAUACUGGCGUCUGGUCCAAGAUAUCUUCAUUUGUACGAAACUGUCAUUACAAUGUAAUGGGAUUAGAACCUAACAAAAGGUACACGUUCCGUGUUCGCGCUGAGAACCAAUACGGCGUGUCCGAACCUCUGACUAUGGACGACUCGAUUACCGCCAAGUACUCGUUUACUGUACCGGAUGCGCCGGGCAUGCCGCGUGUACUGGACUGGGAUGGCUCAACGGCCACCGUGACAUGGGACCGGCCGCGCUCCGACGGAGGUGCGCGUAUUCAGGGUUACAAGGUCGAGUUCAGAGAUGUCCAGGACAGCGUCUGGUCCAGUGCUGAUUACCUCGUCAAGGAAUGUAAUUACCAGGCUUAUAACUUGGAACCCGGUCACGAGUACGAGUUCCGCGUGCGCGCUAAGAACGCGGCGGGCCUGAGCAAGCACUCAGCGAGCUCGGCGCCGUUCCGCGUACGCGCGCGCGCAGCCCCGCCCUCCGCGCCGCAGAGCCCGCGUGUGCUGCGUGUCGGCCGCAACUACGUCGACCUCGUGUGGCAGCCACCGGCCAACGACGGAGGUUCGCGUAUUACUGGUUAUAUAAUCGAGCGACGUGAGACGAGCAGCUCUGUGUGGCUGAAGUGCAACGACUACAACGUACAGGACACCAGCUACACCGCGCUGCAGCUGCACGAGCGCGCUGAUUACGAGUUCCGUAUCAUUGCUGUCAAUGCUGCAGGCAAAUCUGAGCCAUCAAGCUGCACCACACCAGUGCGUACCGGGGAGGAGGCGGGCGGUGUGAAGCCGGAAUGGCUGAAGCCGCUGCCGGCCACAUUGACCGCGCCGCUGGGUCGCCCCUACACGCUGCAAUGCCAGGCCAGUGGCACGCCAGUGCCCACCGGACGCUGGCUCAAGAACGGACGCGAGAUCGUACUCGGAGCUAGGUAUAUCGCGGAGUCUCGCGAGGGCACGCUGAAGCUGAACAUCCUGGAGGUGGCGGAUGGUGAUGAAGGCGACUACACUUGUGAAGCUAUUAACAGUCUCGGCUUUAUCUACUGCAUCGCACAUCUUAAGAUCGGAAGUCCACCUCGCAUCACCCGUAUGCCGGGCGACCUCCACUUGCCCGAGCACGACAACACAAAGAUCAAGAUCCUGUACACUGGUGACCAGCCGGUUGACGUGACGUUGUCGCGUGACGGCCGCGUGCUAACCGAGACACCGCACUUCAAGUACACCGUCUUCGAUGAUUAUAUACUCAUCUUUAUCAAGGAUAUUACUAAAGAUGAUAUGGGCACAUACAAAUUAACUAUCAAGAACAACUCUGGUGAGACAUCAGAAACGUUCUCAGUGACGGUCACUGGACUGCCAGGACCACCGCAAGGUCCACUAGAAGUUAGUGACAUAACACGUCACACGUGCACGUUGUCAUGGAAACCGCCUGCCUAUGACGGAGGUUUACCAAUCACGCAUUACGUAGUGGAACGUAUCGAUGUGACAGGCACCACUUGGAUAACGAUAGCCUCCUCCGUACGAGACACCAAGUUUACAGUUCACGGUCUGACUGAAGGUCAAGAGUAUAACUUCAGGGUUCACGCCGCUAACGACAAUGGUAUCGGACCAGGAUUGGAAGGUGUCAACCCUGUUAAGGCUAAGGCACCAUUCGACCCACCAUCAGCGCCUGGCGUGCCCAAGAUUCUGGAAGUGGGCGGACAUUUUGUGCACUUGGAGUGGGAGAAACCCGAGAGCGAUGGCGGCGCUAGGAUACAAGGUUACUGGGUAGACAAGCGCGAGGUUGGCUCUAGCAGCUGGCAGCGUGUGAACGCCACACUGUGCCUGCCGACGCAGCUGAACUGCGCCAACCUGGUGGAGGGUCGCCAGUACGAGUUCCAGGUGACGGCGCAAAACGAGGCAGGUGUGUCACCGCCCAGCACAGCCUCGCAGCAGGUCAAGGUCGUCGAUCCUAAGGCGGCUACGCCACCUGAGAUCGUGAAACCUUUGAAGAACGCUAACUGCAUUCAGAACCAUAACGCCAAGUUCCAGUGCACAAUCACCGGAUCACCUAAACCCACCAUCACUUGGUAUAAGGGUGCACGUGAGAUAACUAACGGUCCACGGUACCGUAUCUGGAGUGAGGGUGACAACCACUUCCUGACUGUGGCGGAUGUGUUCGGUGAGGAUGCUGACGAGUACGUGUGUCGCGCCGUCAACCGCGCCGGUGUCAAGAGCACGCGCGCUGAACUGCUUAUUAUGACUGCACCUAAACUGAACGUACCACCUCGGUUCCGUGACACGGCGUACUUCGACAAGGGAGAGAACGUUGUGAUCAAGAUCCCCUUCACUGGCCAUCCCGUGCCCAAGAUCACAUGGGUGCGCGAGGGAGAGACCAUCGAGUCUGGUCUGCAUUACCAUGUCGAGAGGAAAGAGCGCCAUGCGAUCUUAACCAUCCGUGAUGCCAGCAAGAUGGACUCUGGUCCGUACAGAAUCACCGCAGAGAACGAACUGGGACAGGACUCUGCAGUUAUAAACAUCGAAAUCAGUGACCGUCCGGACCCGCCGCGGUUCCCUGCCGUGGACAGUAUCGGUGUGGACUCGCUGGCGGUGAGCUGGCGCGCACCUGUAUGGGACGGCGGCUCCGACAUCACCAGCUACCUGGUCGAGAAGAGGGAACACCCCAUGACCAGCUGGAUACGAGUUGGUACCACCAGGUUCACAACCAUGGCAGUGACAGGAUUAGUCCCCGGAAAGCAGUACGAGUUCCGCGUCUACGCUGAGAACAUCUACGGUCGCUCGGAGCCCAGCGAGCCCACCACACUCGUCCAGACCAAGGCUAUCAUCAAAAAGGAAUUCAAAAAGAAGGAAUAUCCAGUGGACGAGACUGGAAAACGUAUCCGCACUAACGCUGACCACGGACCAGUGAAAGACUACGACAGCUACGUAUUUGAUGUGUACAGCAAGUAUGUACCGCAGCCUGUCGACAUCAGCACCUGCUCUGUGUAUGACAAAUACGACAUACUGGAGGAGAUUGGUACAGGCGCGUUCGGAGUUGUACACAGAUGUCGCGAGAGGAGUACGGGCAAUUACUUUGCGGCUAAGUUCAUACCUGUUGCUGGUGCGAUGGAGAAGGAGUUAAUCAAGAAAGAGAUAGAUAUAAUGAAUCAGCUACAUCACAGGAAAUUGAUCAAUUUGCAUGACGCUUUCGAAGAUGAUGAUGAAAUGGUGCUCAUAUUCGAAUUUUUGUCUGGCGGCGAGUUGUUCGAGCGCAUCACGGAGCCAGGGUACAGCAUGAGCGAGGCGGAGGCGGCGCACUACAUGCGGCAGGUGUGCGAGGGUGUGCGUCACAUGCACGAGCAGAACAUCAUACAUCUGGACCUCAAGCCUGAGAAUGUCAUGUGUCAGACGAGAACCGGCACUGAUGUCAAGAUCAUAGACUUCGGCCUGGCUACAAAGCUGGAUCCCAAUGAGGUAGUGAAGAUAUCAACUGGUACUGCAGAGUUUGCAGCACCGGAGAUCGUGGAGCGCGAGCCCGUCGGCUUCUACACCGACAUGUGGGCCGUUGGUGUACUCGCCUACGUUCUAUUGUCUGGUUUAUCACCGUUCGCUGGUAACAACGAUAUUGAGACCCUAAAGAAUGUGAAGGCAUGCGACUGGGAGUUCGACGAGGAGGCCUUCCAACAUGUGUCUGAUGACGCUAAAGACUUCAUCCGACGUCUGCUUGUUAAGAACAAGGAGAAGCGUAUGACUGCGCACGAGUGUCUCGCUCACCGCUGGCUGGCGGGAGAGGGCGCUGCGUCUCGCACUGCGCCAGUACCUGCGCGCCGCCUUGAACAGAUGCGCGACAGACUGCGCUCCAGGUACCAGAAUUGGUCGUCGUUCGUGUUGCCGAUCGGCAGGCUGAGCGAGUACAGUUCUUUGCGCAAGUUGCUCAUCGAGAAAUGGAAGAUAUACGAUGGACAGUUUGAUCGUCGUCAAGCGGCGCCGAGGUUUGUGAUAAAGCCUCAGUCCGCCUUCUGCUACGAGGGUCAGUCUGUGAAGCUGUACUGCCGCGUGGUUGCCUGCGCCACACCAACAGUCACCUGGUCCCGCAACAACCGUGAACUGCGACAAUCUGUCAAGUUUAUGAAGAGAUAUUCCGGCAACGAUUACUACUUCAUAAUAAAUCGUACGAAGUUGGAGGAUCGUGGAGAAUACAUCAUCCGUGCGGAGAACCACUACGGCUUCCGCGAGGAGGUCGUCUUCCUCAACGUGCAGCCGGUGCCGCGAGUACAGCGCCAACCACCGGCCGAGGCGCCGCGUCGUCGCGAGCCUCUGCCUUACACCUUCUGGCAGGAGUCCAGCGAGACUGCCCCCGCCUUCACCUUCCAGCUGCGACCUCGUGUGAUGCAGGCUCGCGACACCUGCAAGCUGCUCUGCUGUCUCAGCGGCAAGCCCACGCCCACUGUCAAAUGGUACAAAGACAAGCGCGAGCUGUCCAAGUACGAUUACAAUAUGACGCACUCGGAUGGUGUGGUUACGAUGGAGAUCGUGGACUGCAGGCCAGAAGACAGCGGCAAGUACACCUGCGUUGCCACCAACGUACACGGCACAGACGAGACCUCAUGCGUCGUUAUUGUUGAAGGAGAGGUAAUAAGUGCAGAGCAGGCGCAGCUGGCGCACAAUUUCCUGCACUCGGGUGAUCGCCGCUACAUUGAGAAGCCGCUCAAACCUGCGCCUCAGCCCAUCAUCACCAAGACAAAGGUGACAAUCGAUCCGCCGAGCAAGUCGCAGGCGCAGGCGCCGCGACCGAAGUACUCGCCACAGAACUCCAUUGAGCCAAGCAAGAAGAAGUACGGAGCCAAACUAGGAGACUCUGACUCCACCUCCUCGCGAUCUAGAAGCGCUACUAAGGAACUAGUCUUGCCUGCAUCCGACUCGUCGAUGUGUGCGCCAUCUUUCGCCCGAGCUCUGCCGGAUGCUGUGACUGCGCGAGAUGCUGCACCUCUGCUGCUGUCGUGCAGUGUACGAGGUGAUCCCGACCCGCGCGUUGAAUGGUACAAGGAUGGUCAGCCGCUGCACUCCUCUGAGGUGGUGGACCUGAAGUACAAGAAUAGCGUAGCUUCGCUGGCUAUCGCGGAGGUGUUCCCCGAGGACGAGGGUGUGUACUCGCUGAAGGCCAUCAACAGUCAGGGCGAGGUUGAGACCAAGUGCAAGGUCACCGUCAAACCGGCGGAGAGCGCGCCCUCUGGCGGUGUCAAGUUCGGAGACAAGCCGCCCAGGAUCGUGGACCACGCCGUGUCACAGAUCGUCAAUGAUGGUGAUGCUGUCACGCUGUCCUGCAGGAUCGUGGGCGCGGAGAGAUUCGACGUGGUAUGGCUCCACAACUACAAGGAGAUCAAGCCCUCCAAGGACUUCCAGUAUUCCAGUGAGGCCAACAUACACAAGCUACACAUCGCUGAGAUAUUCCCAGAAGACGCAGGUGUAUACACAUGUGAGGCGUUCAACGACGCGGGAGAGUCGUUCUCGUCGUGCUCGCUGGUGGUGCGUGUGUCGGGAGAGCAGACAGCCACUCCGCAGUACACCACCUUCCCCACAUCCACCACCGUCGGUACAGGAGAACCAGCACUCUUCACUGCGCAGUUGGAGCAGCCACCACUCCAACUGCAAUGGCUGAAGGACGGUAAACCUAUCGACGAGAGUUCACCGCGUUACAACUUCACAAUGGAGGGCGCCACAUACCGCCUUGAAAUUACAAAAUGCAAUUCCGACGACAGCGGACAAUAUCAAGCACGAGCAGUCGGCAACAAGGGAGACUCACUCGCCGCUUUCUAUCUCAAUGUCGUCGAUAACUAAGACAAGGACUGACUGGACCCAAAUUACACCCUUGUGGUACACCAAGACUUUAUACAAAUCUACAGCUAAAUUAAUCACUAAUAUCAAUACUGGAAUACGAUUUUU